AUGGAGCGUAAAUUCAAGCGAUUACCAGAAUUCGGUAAUAAAUAUCGCGAAUUCAUGCGAGAAUUCUCUGGAUUAGGCCAUAUGCGUAGGGUAGUAUCACCGCAGGAAUCAGAUAAAAAUAAUUACUAUAUACCCCACCACGGUGUUAUAAACGAAAAAAGUGCAACCACAAAGUUACGAGUAGUGUUUGACGCGUCGUGCCCUACAUCCACCGGUUAUUCUUUUAACGAUCUGCAGAUUGUGGGUCCUACUAUCCAACCAGAUCUAUUUAGCGCUCUAGUCCGGUACAGACAAUAUAGCAUAGUUGUAGUAUCAGAUAUUCAAAAAAUGUAUCGUGCAUGCCUCGUUAACACGGAACAAUUAAGGUUCCAACGUAUUCUAUGGCGCGAUUCCGAAAAUCUUCCAAUAGAGGUUUACGAGUUAACCACUAUUACCUACGGUACAGCAUCAGCAAGUUACCUAGCGACUCGCUGUUUAAAGCAGUUAGGUUUAGAAAGCUCCGAUCCAGUGAUUGCUAACGUUAUUAAGAAUCAUUUUUACGUAGACGACCUUCUUACGGGAGCGGAUUCAGUUGAGAAAGUUAUGUACAUUAUUGACGGAGUAUCACAAACUUUGAAUGCGGGCGGUUUCAAGCUACAUAAAUGGGUUUCUAACAAUCCCGCAAUAUUACGUUGUGUAUCAGAUAGUAGAGCGGAAGAUAUAAUAGACAUGGGACGUAGGGAAAAUACGCGUACGUUAGGUCUGAUGUGGGAUCCUCAGAAAGAUGUCUUUAAAUUUAACAUUAGCAAAAACACAACUAUGACACGGGUUACCAAACGAUCUAUUCUUUCUGAGAUAGCUCAAAUCUUCGAUCCGUUAGGGUUAUUGAGUCCUGUUAUCAUAAGGGCCAAAAUUAUCCUUCAACACAUUUGGCAGGAGGGAUUGGAUUGGGAUGUUUCACUUCCAAAUCAAAUUUACACACGUUGGUGUGAAUUUCGUGACAUGUUAGUUCUAUUAAAUUCCAUUGAAAUUCCACGUCAUAUUUCGUUAAAAAAUGCGAAUGAAUUUGAACUACAUGGAUUUUCAGACGCAUCAAUUAAAGCAUACGGAGCUUGUGUUUACUUACGAGCUACUAAUUCUUAUAAUGAUUGUUCGGUUCAAUUAGUAUGCGCAAAAUCCAGAGUGGCUCCAAUAAAACCUACUACGGUUCCGCGAUUAGAACUGCUUGGUGCUUUGUUACUUACCGAUCUUGUUAAUAAAGUUAGAACAGCUUUAAAUCUAGAAAUUAAAAGAGUAGUGUACUGGACGGACUCUAGUGUUCUGAUAGGAUGGCUAGGAACUGAUCCUAGUAAAUUACAUACAUUCGUAGGAAAUCGCAUUGCGCGAAUUCUUGACUUAUCGAGAGCGUCUGAUUGGCGCUACGUUUCAACCGAGCACAACCCCGCAGACCCCGUUUCACGCGGUAUAGACUCGGGAGCCCUCGCGGAUUUAACAAUAUAUUGGUGUGGUCCUGUAUGGUUAAAGCAAGAUGAGUCGUUAUGGCCACGUAGAACGUUUCGUUCUGAAAGUUUACCGGAAAUAAAGGUUAACGUUCUAAAAGCUACUAUAAUUGAAGAAUGCGUUAUUCCGUUCACGCGCUUUUCUACCCUAUUUCGGCUACAACGUGUAAUAGCAUAUUGUCUGCGGUUCAUUAAUAAUUGUUCAAAUAAAUCUGAUAAACGAACGGGUUCUUUAAAAUGUUCGGAAUUGAAUGAAGCGCAAAUUUACCUAAUCAAAUGUAGUCAACGAGACUCAUUUCAGGAUGAAAUCAAUCAUUUGAGUGGCAAGGGCAGUUUGCCGCAGAAAAACGAACUAACUAAAUUAAACGUAUUUCUUGAUCACACUGGUAUUAUGCGCGUAGGCGGUCGAUUACGCAAUUCGUCUUAUAACGUUGAUAAAAAGCACCCGAUGCUACUUCAUAGUAAACACGUGUUAACGCGGUUGAUCUUCGAACACGAACACGUACAACUUCUUCAUGCAGGUCCGCAACAUUUACUAGCUUCAAUACGGGAUCGGUAUUGGCCGAUUGGGGGGAGAAAUCUUGACAAAAAGGUAAUCUUUAAUUGUAUGCGUUGUUUUCGAGUAAAACCGCGGGUGUCGCAGCCUAUUAUGGGCGAUUUACCAUCGCAACGUGUUACUCCAGCACCUCCGUUCAGUACCACCGGCGUCGAUUACGCUGGCCCGUUUCUUUUGAAAGAUCGGAAAGGUCGCGGUUCUAAAACUUCAAAAUGCUAUAUUUGUCUAUUUGUAUGCUUUAUAACACGUGCUAGACACCUUCAAUUGGUGUCGAAUUUGACUUCUGAAUGUUUUAUUGCAGCACUGCGGCGUUUUGUUGGUCGCCGUGGAAAGCCGUCUCAGAUUUUUUCGGAUAACGGUACCAAUUUCGUCGGCGCGAAUCGCGAGCUUCACGAGUUAGGAACGUUCCUACAAGGUUCCAAUCAAUUAACCGAUGUGAUUGAGAAUGAGUCGAUUAAUUGGUCAUUCAUUCCCCCUAAUUCGCCUCAUUUCGGCGGUUUAUGGGAGGCAGGCGUUAAAGCAACCAAAUAUCAUUUAAAGCGGGUCGUUGGCAAUGCAAUACUUACCUUUGAACAAUUUUAUACGCUGUUGAUUCAAAUUGAAGCUAUCCUAAAUUCUCGCCCUUUGUCACCCUUGUCCACGAAUCCCAAUGAUUUAACACCCUUAACUCCUGCGCAUUUCUUGAUUGGGAGAACGCUUUCGGCCCCACCAGAUCCAAUCCUGGAUCACGUCAAGUUAAAUCGGCUGUCCCACUAUCAAUAUACGCAAUGA